GGGAAUCCGGAUGCCUAUUCGUAGAGCAAGCAAGCCGUUUCCAGAAGAUGACCGUGUUACUUGAACUUACUUCAGAUAAGCUGACCCAGAUUCGGACGAAGAGAAUCGUUGGACUUUGAGAUUGCAACUCCCAAGUUUGCGAAGAUCGGUGAGGCAGAACUGACUUCAACUGAGUGUGUGAGCCAUCACGAUCGUCGAUCGUAUCGUUGGACUACUUCCAGCCUUCCAGGUUCCAAGGAAGAAGGAACGAACCUGCCCAGGGAUUGACUACUCAGUCUACUCUAUUGCGAAUCGGAAUUAUUCUGAAAGAGUCUGAAAGAGUGUGAAACGCUCAAUGACAUCGCAAAGGCCUACCCAUGUUCUAUUCCGCAUUCUGUAAUUUCUGUCGAGUGCGGUCGUGGAGACAAAAAGGGAUGGUUCUCGCAUCAGGCGGCAGAAGGACAGACGAGGGCAAGCUUACCCGCUCGUCAGGAUGGAAUAUUCUGAAUGGGAACAGAUUUGCCCUCAGGUGCAGAACGACCAACACCAGCACUAGGGCCGGAAGAAGCAAGAGCAGGAGCAGGAGCAGGAGCAGGAGCAGGAGCAGGAGCAGGAGCAGGAGGAGGAAGAGGAGGAGGAGGAGGAGGAGGAGGAGGAGGAGACAAGCAGAACAUAGAGCAGAGGACCAGGAGCCGAAGUGCUCUGCUGCUCCUUCCGGCUAGGGGGGGGGGGGAGGAGAGGAGCGGGGGGAAGAAGGUUCCGUCAGUCUCCGUCGCCUUCCCAUCCAAUUGCGUUACGACGAACCUUCAUGUCGCUGCAGCGGCUGCACCCAGAUUGAACUACUUCGUGUUUGUAGAGCUUCACCAGACUGAGUCCAUGUGACGUUGAGCUUCGCAACAGCGAGUUCUCGGCGGCACGCCGUUAGUCAUUUGCGGGUAUGACCGCCAGUUGACGCAAUCGCUGCCAGUGCUUUUCCAACGACUCGAGUCACUCGACCGCCGCUCUGGGAGUGUUCAUUUCGCAUGUUCUUUUGGGGAAAGGGGGGUCCAAUUGAAUGAGUUGUGACGGGUCACGUGCACGUCCAGGCUGACUCUGUCAGCAGAGUCGCAGUUGCUACCUAGUAGGUCACAAAGUGCUAUGGCUAUGUUCAGCGAAUCUGCAACAGGAUUCAGGAAGGUUCUGCAGACUGCAGUCUCUCCGCCCUUGGGGUGGGGAGAGAGUUAAAAAGUCACUGCGAAUUGCCUUUCAAAUUGGCCCUUUGGGCCUUUGCCUCUCUUCGGAUCUCGUCGUGUCCCUUUUUAACAUCUUCACCAUGUUCACAUAUACCUUAUAAAGUUACGAGUCCGUUCUACUUAGUCACAUCUGCUCCAGCCUCUCUCUCCUGUCAGUCAUGUGACCUGUGCUUUGCAAUGCGGAGUGAGUUAGACCUAAACUCAUUGCAACGCAUUGAACGCAAGCAUGCUAGCAUUCCUAGCAAUGCUAGGUGUGAUAAGUUGAUAACACUGCAACUUCUGCAAGCACUUCCCAAGUUCGGAGUCACACCCAUCUUGGCGGACUCGUCUUUUAUUCUUCGCCGAAGUUUGCCUUCUGCCUUACUGAGCUCCAUCGAUGCGGACACCGGACUGGCCCACUCCUACUUCAGAAUACGUUUGGCUCUGCCGCGGCAAAUACAUUCCCAAUUUCCCACGCAUGUGCGCAUUGAAACACACGUGGGUUUGCCAGACUGGCAGACUCACCUUCUCUCUCUCUCUCUCUCUCUCUCUCUCUCUCUCUCUCUCUCUCUCUCUCUCUCUCUCUCUCUGUGUGACCAUGACAACACAAAUGCGCCUUUCAUCCACGACGCCAGUGCAGAGAAAGUUGGGAUGUUGAACUCUCCGACUGUGUUAUUACCGUAGCAGAUUGGACCCGCGAUCUGGCGCACUUUGUCUACCGCCGAGAUUUGAAUUCAUUGAAGGCCACCGCCACCCACUCUUGUUCCUCGAGCCCAGAAUGGGGUCUUGACUCUUAAGCUCCAAGUAUAGAUGGAUUCAAAGCAAGGGCUGCUGAAUUACUUGAGGGCCGAUCAUUUUCAAGUCACUGUGUUCCCUUUCUAAGUUUCUUUGCUCGUUAACUUAUUGUUUCUUGCUUACGAGAGUUUCUUUUCUGCAUCUCUUGACCGGAAUGAAGUUGCGGGAGAUCAUUCGACGUUCGAUGUCGGAUGUGCUUUUUCUUUCCCCCUUCUGUUGUUGUCGUUUGACGACGUUUGUUGCUGUUGGAAAUUUGAAUUUGAAAAAUUCGAGCUUUUCCCCAUCCGCUGUCUUUGGACGGGAUUUAUCAUCGUCUCUCGAAACUCGAUUCGAUGCCAUUGACUCCUGGAACGCUGCCCCUGUUGCGCGAGUUUGCCCGCGGGCCCGCACUCAAAAAGUGUGCUAGAAGGCGAUUGCGGCAUCUUCAUCACAGGCUUCACAGCUGCUGCGGUUCUAUGCCUUCUACGAAUUUGCUUAGUCAGUCUUGACAGCUGCUCGACGUGCUCGUCUCGUCAUCAUGACUGCGACGAUGAUUGGUUCGUUACCGUUGGUAACUUAGUAUUAACUCAGUAACUUUUGGGGCGAGGAUAAAUCAGCGCCGCGGAGAACGAUCGGUAGGAGGGCGGAAAGUAAAACUGGAAGGGUGGGAGGCUGGGAGGCACUGCCACUGGGAGAUUGGUAAGUAACUGUUGGAAAGAAGUUGGCAUCUCAGCGGCGGGGGAUCGAUGGCUCGCAAAUGGAAGAAAUAUUGUUGUUGAUUCAUUGGAACAAUUUGAAAUGAGAUUGAGUGAAAAGGAGAGUGAAAACAUGAGGCUCGUAUGCGUUUCUCGUGGUCACCGUGGAUUAUCCGAGAUGAAUGAAAGUAUGAAUAUUAU